ACACUUUACGUUAGCGGUAAAUGGCAAUGGGCUAGCUGACAAUAAUGGUUUGAGGUAACCGGGCACUCUGAGCGUAACUUUACAAAACUUUGUCUGUUUUGAGGCUGUUAACUCCGCGUUCACUUUAAUACCUAGAAUUAGCUAACACUACCCACCCAGCCGCCCCUAAGCACCCGGUGGUAUCCGCACUCAGCGUCCCUCUGUGAGCCAGUGCGGAGGUAUUGCUUUUAGCCAGUCAUUGCUAUGGCCUCCGAGAGCGGCGACAGCAACAUGGAUCGAGAAAUGAUCCUGGCCGACUUUCAGGCUUGCACAGGAAUUGACAACAUCGCGGAGGCAAUCACUCUGUUAGAGCUCAAUAACUGGGAUCUGGUGGCGGCCAUCAAUGGAGUGAUACCACAGGAGAAUGGGAUCUUACAAGGUGACUUCACCAGCGAGGCGAGCCAGGCCACCAUGUACGGACCCCCCAGCCACGCAGAAGCAGCCGAGGCGGCAGCAAGAAGCGCCGGUCCACCCCCUUCCUCCUCAUCUUCCUCCUCCUCUCCUCCGUCCUCCUCCACCUCGGCGUUCUGCCCCAUCAGCCCUUCCACCCGACACAUUGUAGAGCGCCAGCCGCGCAUGAUACAUUUCAGAGUGGAGUACAGGCAAAGAUCAGUGGAGCUCGUGCUCGAGGAGAGCAGCAAAGUUGGAGAAAUUAAGGCAAUCCUUCAGACAGAACUUGGCAUUCCAGUAUCCAAAAUGCAUCUGAAGGGAUGGAAGAGUGGAGAUGUGUCGGACAGUACGGUGCUGAGAAGUUUACACCUUCCAAAGAACAACAGCCUGUACGUCCUGACGCCAGACAUCGCCCCUACUGCCAGCACCAGCAAAAACAGUGCCCUUCAAGAUUCGCUAAAUCAGAACUUCCUGCUGGUCAUUAGCCACCGCGAGGCUCAGAGGGACUACAGCCUCAAUUUUCCCGGCUCCAAAACUAUACAAGAGGUCAAGAGGAACAUUUCAGACUUGACCAACAUCCCAGUCCGGCAUCAACAGUGGGAGGGAUGGCCUGCCUCAGCGUCCGAUGAUUCUAUGACAUUAGCUCUCUCUGGGAUCAGCUAUCCAUGCCACCACCUCAGUGUUUGUCGAAGGUCUUCACCAGCCAAUGCCCAGGAACCCACAGAAGAGUGCACAGAUGUCCAUAUGAUCAGCGACAGCGAGGGGGACGAUUUUGAAGAUGCAUCAGAGUUUGGGGUGGACGAUUCAGAGAUGUUUGGCAUGAGCUCAACAACCUGUCGGAAAUCACCCAUGAUGCCAGAAAACAGCGAGAACGAAGCGGAUGCCUUACUUUACUUUACUGCCGAAUUUUCUUCAAGAUAUGGAGAAACCCACCCAAUGUUCUAUGUCGGCUCUUUGGAGGCAGCGUCUCAGGAGGCCUUCUACGGCAAGGCCAGAGAUAGAAAGCUUUUGGCCAUCUACCUCCACAAUGAUGACAGCGUCCUUAGCAACGUCUUUUGUUCCCAAAUGAUGUGUGCCGACUCUAUUGUCUCCUACCUGAGCCAGAAUUUCAUCACAUGGGCCUGGGAUGUCACUAAAGAAGCUAACAAAGCCAGACUUCUCACCAUGUGUACGAGGCAUUUUGGCAGCGUGGUAACGCAGACUAUACGGACAUAUAAGACAGACCAGUUCCCCCUGCUCCUAAUAGUUAUGGGCAAACGCACAUCCAACGAAGUUCUAAAUGUUAUUCAAGGCAAUACAACAGUGGAUGAGUUGAUGAUGAGGUUAAUGGGAGCGAUGGAGAUUUUCACAGCACAACAGCAAGAGGACAUCAAAGAUGAGGACGAGCGCGAGGCCAGGGAGACGGUGAAGAGAGAACAGGAUGAAGCCUAUCGCUUGUCCUUAGAGGCUGACAGAAAGAAGAGGGAAGCCCAGGAAAGAGAAGAAGCUGAACAGGUUCGUCUGCAACAGAUGAAGAAGGAGCAGGAGGAAGAGAAGGAGGCAAUUCGUUUGUCGUUGGAGCAGGCUUUACCGCCUGAGCCCGGUGAGGAGUCGGGAGAACAAAUCAGCAAACUGAGAAUCCGCACGCCGAGUGGCGAGUUUCUGGAGAGGCGUUUCCUGGGCAGCUGCAAGCUCCAGGUCCUCUUUGACUUUGUGGCCUCCAAAGGAUUCCCCUUUGAAGAAUUUAAGAUCCUCACCACCUUCCCUCGUAGAAAUAUCACCCAGUUGGAUCCAGGGUCAACUCUGCUGGAGGCCAAGUUGUUUCCUCAGGAGACGCUCUUCCUGGAGGCUAAAGAAUAGGAACUGACCCUCUGAAAGCUGGGAACCCACUCACUGACUGAUGAACCGGCUGGAUGCACACUAGUCACAGAGCGUGCCCCCCCCCCCCCCCCCCCCCCUCUUCACAAUCUGGGCCGACCAUACAAACACACAUAUGCUACCAUCUCUGACGAGCAUACACUGGCAUGCACACCCAAUUACACACACGCACACAUACGCACACACAUGCACGCACAUACACGUGUUCAAAUAAGCUUUUCUGCCCAAGGCCUGUUUUGUGGUACAUGAAGGUCUGGUGUUGCACAGAGAAGAAAGGACAAUAUCACAAGCACACAGCCAAAUUUUCACCUUUCCAAAUCUCUGUCCAUUUUCCUCAACUGUUCACACACUUGACAACUUCACAUCUCCAAACUGCUGUGUCAUGGUUCUCUCUCACAACACAAAGAACAAUAAUGGUGUUGAGAGCCUGAGUAGACAAAUCUUUGUCAAGGAAAAAGAGAAUAAAUAAAAAUUAAGGACUUC